CAGGCGCGUCGUGCAGCUCCAAUGGCGCGUUGUGCUGCCGGGCACGGCCCCUCGCCGUGACACAGCGCUGCCGGCACGCCGCGCUGGCGCCGGGCCCGCACGGAGCGGGGCCGGGGAGGGCGGUGCUGCCCGCUGAGAUGGCGGCGGUGCUGAGGCGCGGAGCGGCCGGGCUUCUUAGCAGAUUGCAGACUUUAGCUCCCACAGUACGAACUCUAUCAUCAUCAAAGUCCUUUUCACAAAACAUUCCAAGCUGUUUGUGGAAACUGGGCCGACUUAAUCACGUGGCAAUUGCAGUGCCUGAUCUGGAGAAAGCUCAGUCCUUGUAUAAAGAUGUGUUAGGAGCCCAGGUGAGUGAGACUGUUGCUCUUCCUGAACAUGGUGUCUACACUGUUUUUGUGGAGCUGGGAAAUACCAAGCUGGAACUUCUACAUCCUUUAGGAGAGAAAAGUCCCAUCGCAAGCUUCCUGCAAAAAAACAAGACUGGAGGAAUGCAUCAUAUCUGUAUUGAGGUUGAUGACAUAAAAGCAGCUAUGACAGAACUGAAGAAAAAAAAGAUACGAAUAUUGAGUGAAGAGCCAAAAAUAGGUGCACAUGGCAAACCUGUGAUUUUUCUUCACCCUAAAGAUUGCCAUGGAGUCCUUGUGGAGCUUGAGCAAGCCUGAGCUGCAAUAUUCAUAAAUAAAACAAUAGAAGAGUUGUGAA